AUGCCCAACGACGACCUGAAGAACGCCAUCCUGCGGCCGACGGAUCUCAUCGUUCAGCAGCAGCAGCCGAUAUCGGCACUAGAACGGUCUGAAGCAUCCGCUGACGGAAGUGAGAAAAUAAUCGAAUCGCUCGCCUCCGGGAUUCAAGAGUUUCAGUUCGAUCCUGACAACGGUUUAUUCUUUGAGUCGUGGUAUUCAAGAUACGAAGAUGUUUUUAAAGAGGACGGACAACUCUUGGACGACGCUGCCAAGGUGAGGUUACUUCUCCGAAAGCUGAGUACGACGGUUCAUGAGCGGUACGUGGACAGUAUUCUUCCAAAGCACCCAGCUGGAUGA